AUGUCCUCAGCUGUUGUAGGAGAAACACCAGACCUGGAACCCAAUUUGUUACUGGACUUGUGGAAGAGGAAACACAAAGAUUUCCAAAUGAAUAACCGAAAGGAAGAUAUGGAGAUUGCUUCCCACUACCGUCAUCUGCUGCGUGAGCUUAACGAGCAGAGACAACACGGCAUCCUCUGUGAUGUUUGCAUUAUAGUGGAGGGGAAGAUAUUUAAGGCUCACAAAAACGUUCUGCUUGGGAGUAGUCGCUACUUCAAAACGCUGUACUGCCAGGUACAGAAAACGUCCGACCAGGCCACAGUCACCCAUUUAGACAUUGUAACUGCACAAGGCUUUAAAGCAAUCAUUGACUUCAUGUAUUCUGCACACCUAGCACUGACCAGCAGAAACGUCAUUGAGGUGAUGUCAGCUGCUAGCUAUCUGCAAAUGACAGAUAUUGUACAAGCCUGUCACAGCUUCAUAAAAGCAGCUCUCGACAUAAGCAUAAAGUCUGAUGCCUCAGAUGACCUUGUUGAUUAUGAACUCGGGGCCCCUUCCAGCAGUAGUACGGAUGCUUUGAUUUCAGCAGUCGUGGCUGGCAGGAGUAUAUCUCCCUGGUUAGCUCGGCGAACGAGUCCAGCAAACUCUUCUGGAGAUUCAGCUAUUGCCAGUUGCCAUGAAGGAGGGAGUAGUUAUGGAAAAGAGGAUCAAGAACCAAAAACAGACAGCCACGAAGACAUUUCAUCCCAGUCUCUUUGGUCUAGUGACAUGGGCUAUGGGUCUUUACGUAUCAAAGAGGAACAGGUUUCACCGUCACACUAUGGAGGGAGUGAACUACAUUCUGCCAAGGAUAGUGCAAUACAGAACGCCUUCUCAGAACAAGGAGUAGGGGAUGGCUGGCAACCCACUGGGCGCAGGAAGAACCGGAAAAAUAAAGAAACUGUGCGGCAUAUUACGCAGCAAGUGGAGGAUGACAGCAGGGCAAGUUCUCCAAUGCCAUCUUUUUUACCUGCCUCAGGAUGGCCGUACAGCAGUCGAGACCCAAGUGCUGAUGUGACAGUAACAGAGCCCAGCAGCUCUGACAGCAGAGUAGAGCGAUCGGACCCCUACGCAAACGUUGACGAAGCCCUCAUCGGUGGGGAAGCCAGCUACAUCUCUCAGCCCCUGACUCCGGAGAAGGAGGAUGCUCUCCAGGCUGCCACCGUCGCCAACCUGCGCGCGGCUCUCAUGAGUAAGAACAGUUUGCUGUCUCUGAAAGCCGACAUGCUGGGAGAGGAUAGUUCUCUGCUGUUUGAGUACCUACCCAAAGGCACGCAUUCUCUCUCUCUCAAUGAGUUCACAGUCAUCAGGAAGAAAUUCAAGUGCCCGUACUGCAGUUUUUCAGCCAUGCAUCAGUGCAUCCUGAAGAGACACAUGCGAUCCCACACAGGAGAAAGACCUUAUCCCUGUGAGAUCUGUGGGAAGAAGUUCACCCGCCGGGAGCACAUGAAGCGGCACACCUUGGUAAGAGCGCGGGCGUUGGGUGGAUACAGCCGAUUUGUUCAGGUUAAAGAUAACAGGAGCUCCAUCUGGUUUAGGUCGGUAUUUUGGUUUCCCCUUUGGGACUCAUCUGAAGACUUCUCCAGUAUCUCUUUUCCCCCCCCACACCUUUCAAAGCCCCUGUGUUUUGCUGCCUGUUCAUCCGGAGCUAAUCUCUACCUGCCCUCCUGGUUCAGCCGGAGGGUUCCCAACUUGCACCUCGAAACAGCCGGCACUGCAAACCCAGUGCAGCCUUCUCUGUCCCCUGCAACACUGACUGCCGGGGAGAGCCUGGGCGUUGGGGACGGGAGAUGGAUAGCUAAUGCUGUCUUCAGGAUGGAAAAGGAUAUUAAUUUUUUAAUAGGUUGA